GAGUGUUCAGGAGUUUCUGGCUGCUCUUCAUGUCCAUCUGACCUUCAUCAACUCUGGAGUCAAUCUGAUGGAAGAACAACAAACAACCUUCCGGUGGCAUAAAUUGUUAAAAGAAAAACAGGAUAUAAAAUAUCUACACCAGAGUGCUGUGGACAAGGCUUUACAGAGUCCAAAUGGACACCUGGACUUGUUUCUUCGCUUCCUCCUGGGUCUUUCACAGCAGACCAAUCAGAUUCUCCUAAGGGGCCUGUUGACACAGACAGGAAGUAGCUCUCAGGCUAGUCAGGAAACAGUCCAGUACAUAAAGAAGAAGAUCAACGAGACUCUGUCUCCAGAGAGAAGCAUCAACCUGUUCCACUGUCUGAAUGAACUGAAUGAUCGUUCUCUGGUGGAGGAGAUCCAACAGUCCCUGAGAUCAGGACGUCUGUCCACAGAUGAACUGUCUCCUGCUCAGUGGUCGGCUCUGGUCUUCAUCUUACUGUCAUCAGAAGAAGAUCUGGACGUGUUUGACCUGAAGAAAUACUCUGCUUCAGAGGAGGCUCUUCUGAGGCUGCUGCCAGUGGUCAAAGCCUCCAACAAAGCUCUGCUAAGUGGUUGUAACCUCACAAAGAGAAGCUGCAACGCCCUGUCCUCAGUUCUCAGCUCUCAGUCCUCUAGUCUGAGAGUACUGGACCUGAGUAACAACGACCUGCAGGAUUUAGGAGUGAAGCUGCUGCUUGUUGGACUGGAAAGUUCAUACUGUACACUGGAAACUCUCAGGCUAAGUGGCUGCAACCUCUCAGAAACAAGUUGUGAAGCUCUGUCCGUGUUUCUUAGCUUUAAGUCCUCUGGUCUGAAAGAACUGGACCUAAGUAACAACCACCUGCAGGAUUCAGGAGUGAAGCAGCUGUUUGCUGAAGUGAAGAGUCCACACAGUGCACUGGAAACUCUCAG